AUGAUUCUAUCAAGGACUGCUCGAAACUCCUUCGGGCGACCGACAGGGCUGCUCGCGGAGCUCUCGAGAAAAAGGCAGCCGUACGCAUGCAAGAAUCCUUCUUCGACGCCCAGAGUCUCUCUUACGUCGUCGCGGAAGAGGUGGACUUCUACUGAAGCCGGCGACAAUGAAUCAGGCCACAUACUAACCCAGAAAAAUGAGGGAAUCUUGUUCUUUGACAAUGUUUUUCCUCUAAAGCUUCAAUGGCUCAAUCGUAUCCCCUAUCUAAAUCCCGACAAGUUCCUUGCGACAUCCCUCAGCAAAGUCAAUCAACCCAAUCUCGCUCUGGCCGAUCCCUCCAGCAUCAUCAAGCGAGCCCUGCCUGAGAACCUCCCCCUCCAUGUCAAAACGAUUCUACCAAGACUGCGCGAGGGCGGCGCAUUUGUCAAGUUCUCUCAUGAAGAAGGAAUAUCUGCCACCGAGCUGGAAAGCACGCUGAAACAAUACCUUGAGGAAAAGCCCAUUACACCAUGGUUCAAUCCUUUUCGGAGGGUGCGCGCCUUUCUGGUGCAAGGCAAGCCGUGGAUCGAAGAUCUGUAUCGCGUACCUACUCCCAGAAUAAAGGUCGAAUUCUUGCCUACUGCUCCUGAGAAUGCUGCGGCCGAAUUGACCCAAGAGACACUCUAUUCGUUGUUCCGGCGAUAUGGAAAGCUCACCGAGAUCAUACCGCAACCUUCCGACUCCAAAGUUGUGCCAAAGUAUGCCUAUAUCGACUACACACGAGUCCGAUUCGCAACCAUGGCCAAGAAUUGUAUGCAUGGUUACAUCGUCCCGGCCCAAGAUGGCGGAGGAAAGACUGGAACGCUCCUCAAACUGAGUUAUGAAUCCAAGCGCAAAAGCUAUUGGAUAUGGGACUGGAUGACGAACCACCCCAGGAUUGUUAUUCCUUUCAUAGUCGCUCUACUGACAGCGGCGUCUGUCGCCGUGUUCGACCCCAUCCGGACAUUCUUCAUCAGGAUGCAUAUCAGCCACGGUCUGCAUCUGGAAGAUUAUCGUAUCUUCAAGUGGGUCAGAAGCCAACUCUUGCGAGGCUACGACAUCAUCAGAUUCCGGAACCAGAAUCGUGACGAGGACAACCUAAAGAUUGUCUGGGAAGACCGCCAGGACGUCAUCAAUCAGUUGAAAACGUGGUUGAUCGAGACUGCAGACACAUUUAUAGUGGUGCAAGGACCGCGCGGGGCAGGCAAGAAGGAAUUGGUCCUCGACCAGGCACUGAAAGAUCGACCACAUAAGCUGGUGAUUGAUUGCAAGAAGAUCCAGGAAGCACGCGGAGACAGCAACACCAUUGCCGCCGCCGCCGCCGAAGUGGGCUACCGCCCUGUGUUUUCUUGGAUGAACAGUAUCAGCAGCAUGGUCGAUCUUGCAGCGACAGCCACCAUUGGCACGAAAGCAGGAUUCUCCGAGACGCUGGACAACCAACUGGCCAAGAUUUGGGGCAACACGACGACAGCGUUGAAGCAGAUUGCAUUGGCGCCACGCAAAAAGGACGACAAAGAUGCGCAGAUGGCAGACGACGAGUGGCUCGAAGCUCAUCCAGAGUAUCGACCAGUGGUGGUGAUUGACAAUUUCUUGCACAAAAGCAAUGAGGGUUCUGCGAGUAUGGUCUAUGAUAAACUGGGAGAGUGGGCAGCUCUUUUGACGACGCAGAACAUUGCCCAUGUCAUCUUCCUGACUACGGACGUGUCUUUCUCCAAGUCCCUCAGUAAAGCCCUACCGGACAGGGUAUUCCGGCAAAUCACGCUGAGUGAUUGCACGCCCGAAGUGGCAAAGAAGUUCGUAAUCAAGCACUUGGACGCUGACAUUGCGGAAGGCGGCGAACCGGGCGAGGGUAAGAUCAGUCCAUCACAGCUGAGAAGUGAUCUUGAUGAGCUGGACGGAGUGAUCCAAGUUCUCGGCGGUCGAUUGACCGACCUUGAGUUCCUGGCGCGGAGGAUCAAGACAGGCGAAACACCAGGAAAAGCAGUUCGCCAGAUCAUUGAGCAAUCGGCGUCGGAGAUCCUCAAAAUGUAUCUUCUGGACGUCGACGUUUCGAGCCGCAAGUGGACGCCUCAACAAGCAUGGUUGUUGAUCAAAGAGCUUGCGGCAAACGAAACUCUCAGAUACAAUGAGCUUCUCCUCAAUGAUCUCUUCAAAGAUGGCGAGACCGUGCUGCAGGCCCUCGAGCAGGCAGAAUUGAUCACGAUUACAUCCAAGAACGGACGGCCAUACAGCAUCAAGCCUGGGAAACCGGUGUACCAAUCUGCAUUCGAGUAUCUGACCGAGGAUGACGUGCUGAGGGCGAGACUGGAUUUGGCAAUUAUGUCUCAAUUGAUCAGCCUGGAGAACAAGAACGUGGAGAAAUACGAGGCGGAGCUGAAGACACUAGCAGAGAUGCCUGGCACGCCCAGCGAGUUGAAGCCCCGGAUCAAAUGGUGCCUGGGGAAAGCGAUGGCGAGCCAGGAGAAGAUUAUGAAGUACGAGGCGCAGAGUGGGAGGUUGAAGAAGGUGCUUGCUGAGCAGUUUUGA